AUGUCAAAUAUGGAAGCUAGUCCUACACCUACAACAAAUGAUACACCACAAGUAGUUGGGGAUGGAGCAGCUACACUCCUUUCACGUCCUCCCACUUCGGGAAAGAUCAAGCCUAUUAGGAAAGCAUCGGAGGUAUGGAAACAUUUCAUUAAAGAACCAUUUGAACUAGGGAGUAAUAUAGGACCUAGAGCUUCUUCCCAUUUCAUUGAUGAUAGUUGGAAAUUGUAUAAGAGAAUCAUCAAUUUCUGUCAAAUCACAAAUCAUAGAGGUGAGGCUAUUGGGAGACUUGUGGAGGAUUGUUUGCAUGAUUGGGGAAUAGAUAAAGUUUUCACUAUUACACUUGACAAUGCUACGGCUAAUGAUGGGGCCAUUAGGCAUAUGAAGAGGCAAUUGAAGCUUUGGGGCACUCUUUUGCUAGAUGGUGAUUGUUUACAUAUGAGAUGUUGUGCGCAUAUCCUUAAUUUGAUAGUUUUUGAUGGAUUGAGUGAAUUGCAUGACUCAAUUAAGAGUAUUCGCAAAGCUUGUGUAUAUACAAGGUCGUCCCCAUCUAGGUUGGACAAAUUUAGGCAUUGUUUGGCCUUGCAAAAAAUUGACAGCAAAGGUUUAUUACCUUUGGAGUGUAAAACAAGGUGGAACUCAAUAUAUCUUAUGUUAGAAGCUGCCUUAAAGUUGCAAAGAGGGUUUGAUAGGUUGGAAGAGGAGGCGGGAGACUAUGCAUCUUACUUUCAUCAAAGUGGUGGUAAUCGUGAUGAUGGUAUUCCGAAAAAGAAGAAAAGAAAAGUUCAAGAAGGGGAAAUCUGCACUAAACAAAAGUUGAAGUCUCCAACCGUUGUGGAUUGGGAGUAUGCAAGAACUUUUGUGAAGUUCUUGAAAAGAUUUUACGAGGCUACCUUAAAAUUUAGUGCAUAUGAGACGGUUACUUCCAAUACCCCCUUUAAUGAUAUGCUUUCUAUUAUUGAUAAGUUGAAUGCAAUGAUUGUAAAAGUAAACCAAGUUUUGAUUGUGGCGGUGGUGCUUGAUCCCCGUUACAAAAUGGACUAUAUCCAAUAUAGCUUUGAUGAGUUAGAAAGUGAUGAUUCGAAGGUUACUUUGAUGGUAGAAGGGGUGAAGGAUCUCUUAAUGCGGAUGUAUGAGGCCUAUAAGAAAGAGGAACCAGCAGCUGCCCAAUCUACUGCUGAGGCUAAUGUAGAAAGUGAAGGGGAGAUUGCAUGGGAUGUGUUUGCUGUCCCUGUUUCAAGUGUGCCUUUGGAAGCUGCGUUUAGUAUGGGAAAAAGGGUUGUGGAUCCUUUUAGGGCGUCUUUGACUCCUAAAACAAUUAAGGCCCUUGUUUGCACUAAGGAUUGGCUAAGCCAAGUGGCUUUUGACUUCAACAAGCAGCCAAGUGAAGAUGACCUUGAGUUUUAUCAAGCUUUGGAGAAAAUGGAAUCAGGCACUGCUAUAUUCAAACUUUGCAACGGAAUGGAAAUGAACAAAUGGCCACUGGCCACUAAUGCUUACUGCAAAAAAUUAAAGAAAGCAUGA